GGGCGCAGCGUGGGCUCGGGGCCGCCAGGCCGCAGGCGCGCUCUCCCGGCCGGGCCUCGGGGGCCGGCUGCCGGGCCCGCCUCCGCGGCUCCGCGACCUGCUGGGCCGGCGGCGCGGCGGCGCAGCCGAGCCCGAGCCCGAGCCCGAGCCGCAGCCGCGCGCCCCGCCCGCCCUCCAUGGCGUUUAUCCGGAAGAAGCAGCGCGAGCAGCAGCUGCAGCUCUACUCCAAGGAGAGGUUUUCCUUGCUCCUGCUUAACUUGGAGGAGUACUACUUUGAACAGCAUACAGCUAAUCAUAUUCAGCACCAGGGCUGUCAGAGUGAAAGGAAAAUCAGAGGCUCCUUAAAAAUAUGUUCAAAAUCGGUUAUUUUUGAACCAGAUGCAAUAUCCCAGCCCAUCAUUAAGAUUCCUUUGAGAGAUUGUAUAAAAAUAGGAAAACAUGAAGAAAAUGGAGCCAAUAGACACUUUUCAAAGGCAAUAUCCGGGGGAAUCUCACUCAUUUUCAGUCAGGUAUAUUUUAUUAAAGAACACAACAUUGUUGCACCAUAUAAAAUAGAAAGGGGUACGAUGGAAUAUGUCUUUGAGUUGGAUGUCUCAGGGAAAGUGGAAGAUGUCGUGGAGACAGUGCUUCAGCUUCACAGAGCAUCCUGUCUGGACAACCUGGGGGACCAAACUGCUAUGAUAACAGCUAUUUUGCAGUCCCGUUUGGCUAGGACGUCAUUUGACAAAAACAGAUUCCAAAGUGUUUCUGAAAAGCUGCACAUGGAAUGCAAAGCAGAAAUGGUAACACCUCUGGUGACGAAUCCUGGCCACGUGUGCAUCACCGACAGCAGCCUGUAUUUCCAGCCUCUCAACGGGUACCCGAAACCCGUGGUCCAGAUAACACUCCAAGACAUCCGCCGCAUUUACAAGAGGAGGCACGGCCUCAUGCCGCUGGGCUUGGAAGUAUUUUGCACGGAAGACGAUCUGUGUUCCGACAUCUACCUAAAGUUCUACGAACGUCAGGACCGAGAUGACCUCUAUUUUUACAUUGCUACGUAUCUAGAGCACCACGUGGCGGAGCGCACGGCCGAGGGCUACACGCUGCAGUGGCAGCGCGGGCUUCUGUCCAACUACCAGUACCUGCUGCACCUCAACACGCUGGCCGACCGCAGCUGCAACGACCUCUCCCAGUACCCCGUGUUCCCCUGGGUCGUCGGCGACUACGGCAGCCCUGAGCUGGAUCUGUCAAAUCCAGGAACCUUCCGGGAUCUCAGUAAGCCAGUAGGGGCCCUCAACAAGGAACGUCUGGAGAGGCUGCUGACACGCUACCAGGAGAUGCCAGAGCCCAAGUUCAUGUACGGCAGCCACUACUCCUCCCCGGGCUACGUGCUGUUUUACCUGGUUAGGAUUGCACCAGAGUAUAUGCUGUGUCUGCAGAACGGAAGAUUUGACAAUGCAGACAGAAUGUUCAACAGUAUUGCAGAAACUUGGAAAAACUGUUUGGAUGGUGCCACCGAUUUUAAAGAGCUGAUUCCGGAAUUCUAUGGUGAUGAUGUCAGCUUUUUAGUCAAUAGUCUGAAGCUGGAUUUGGGAAAGAGACAAGGAGGGCAGAUGGUUGAUGACGUAGAACUCCCACCUUGGGCACGGAGUCCCGAGGACUUUCUCCAGAAAAGCAGAGACGCCCUGGAGAGCGACUAUGUGUCAGAGCACCUGCACGAGUGGAUCGACCUCGUGUUUGGCUACAAGCAGAAGGGGAGGGAUGCCGUUGGAGCCCAUAACGUGUUUCAUCCCCUGACCUACGAAGGAGGUGUCGAUUUGAACAGCAUCGAGGACCCUGAUGAGAAGAUAGCCAUGCUCACCCAGAUCUUGGAGUUUGGGCAGACCCCAAAGCAGCUCUUUGUGACACCGCAUCCUCGAAGGAUCACCCCAAAGUUCAAAAGCUCGUCCCAGCCCUGCAGUUACAAUGCUUCCACAGCAGGUUCCCCAGUCUCUCCAGGCGAAGAGUCUUUUGAAGAUCUGACCGAGGAAAGCCGAACCCUGGCCUGGAGUAACAUCACCCGACUGCAGCUCCACGAGCAACACAAAAUCCACAAAGAGGCUGUCACUGGAAUAGCAGUCUCUCGCAACGGGUCGUCUGUCUUCACAACCUCACAAGAUUCCACCUUGAAGAUGUUUUCCAAAGAAUCCAAGAUGCUACAAAGAAGUAUAUCAUUUUCAAAUAUGGCUUUGUCAUCGUGUUUACUUUUACCAGGAGAUGCCACCGUCGUAAGCUCGUCGUGGGAUAACAAUGUCUAUUUGUAUUCCAUAGCGUUUGGAAGACGCCAGGACACAUUAAUGGGACAUGAUGAUGCUGUUAGUAAGAUCUGUUGGCAUGACAACAGGCUGUAUUCUGCGUCGUGGGACUCUACUGUGAAGGUGUGGUCCGGGGUGCCUGCGGAGAUGACAGGCUCCAGGAGACACAAGUUCAACCUGCUGGCCGAGCUGGAGCAUGACGUCAGUGUUGAUACAAUCAGUUUAAACGCUGCAAGCACGCUGUUGGUUUCAGGCACCAGAGAAGGCACAGUGAAUAUUUGGGACCUCACCACGGCCACCAUAUUGCACCAGAUUCCAUGUCAUUCAGGGAUCGUAUGUGAUACUGCUUUCAGCCCAGACAGUCGCCAUGUCCUGAGCACAGGAGGAGACGGCUGUCUAAACGUCAUCGAUGUGCAGACGGGAAUGCUCAUCUCUUCUAUGACUUCAGACGAGCCCCAGAGGUGCUUUCUCUGGGAUGGAAAUUCUGUUUUAUCUGGGAGUCAGUCCGGUGAGCUGCUUGUCUGGGACCUCCUCGGGGGGAAGAUCAGCGAGAGAAUCCAGGGCCACACAGGUGCUGUGACGUGUAUGUGGAUGAAUGAACAGUGUAGCAGUGUCAUCACAGGAGGGGAAGACAGACAAAUCACGUUCUGGAAAUUGCAGUAUUAAGUGCCUUUUCCUCGAAUAUUACUGAACUCUAUUUAAUGCAUUUUUAAACCAAACUUUUAAAUGAACUGGUGAAUGUGCAAUUACAGUAAUUAGAAGUUUUACCACAUGAGAAAUUUGUGGUUUUAAACUUUAUAAAUCAUGGUGACUUCACUGAAAGCCACCAGUUGUCAUCCUCUAAGGCAGAUGAAGACGUGGCAGUAUAGGGGAGAAAAUAUUACGUUUGUAAGGCAGGUGGUCAUCCCAGGGUGACAGUGGGCAGGAGACAGGUUGGGUGGCAAAGAGCGUAGCGAAGAGGCUGGGGAAACUUCCCAAAAGCACUGAACAACGUAAGGAUUUUCCAAGAAAGUGUGAGUAUUCUCUGCUACUGCCGAGUCUCUCGAUCAUGUCCUCCUCGUGACAGGAUGGCUGCCCGCUGGAUUUGGGGGUGUGUGUUUUCACGGAGUGGUUACUUUCUGUAACCUACUGGCCCCAGAUUCUAAGAACCUGGGGAAGGAUUAGCAGUUCUUAUAACAGUUUACUGUGUAUAGGAACGGUUUAUUUCACUAUAGCUAUUAAAUGUUCAUCUUUUCUACAUUAAAAAUAUUUUU